AUGUCGUCACCAUCAAGCAGCAUCAACAUUUUUGGCCAUGUAGUAUCAGGAUGGGAAAGUGUACGUGCGAAAUUCGAACAAAAUUUAGUGGAUGGACUUGAUGUCGGAGCAAGUCUGUGUAUUUAUCAUUGUGGAGAAUGCGUAGUGAACUUGAGUGGUGGUUGGAGAGAUGAAAAGACCAAAAACGAACCUUAUACACUAGAUACUCUUCAGCUUAUUUUUUCAACUUCCAAAGGAAUUGCAGCAGCAGCCGCGGCAUUGUGUGUCGAGAAAGGUUGGCUCGAUUAUCAAGCGCCUGUAGCCAAAUAUUGGCCUGAAUUUGCUGUCAAUGGAAAGGAGAACAUAUCAGUGAGCGAUGUAUUAGCUCAUCGAGCUGGUCUACCAUGCAUUGACCAACAACUCACAGUUGAGGAUGUGUUGGAUUGGGGUCGAAUGACUUCUUUGUUGGCUGAACAGAAACCUUAUUGGGAACCUGGAUCAACACAUGGUUAUCACGCCCACACAAUCGGUAUUUUGGUUGGUGAACUCAUUCAACGAGUCGAUCCACAACAUCGCUCUUAUAGUCGAUUCGUACGUGAUGAAUUGGAUCCCGAAUUUUAUGUCGGAGUGUCUGAUGAUAAAAUCGAAGCACGCAUCGCUCCUCUCCUUGUCAAAGUAAGAAAUUUCAUCUCAAAGGCUACUGCAUAA